GAAUACUAUAAAACAAGUAAAGCAAGUUUUAUUGAACAACACGUGGAACUUCGUCCACAGACUCAAAAGAUAGAUCCAAAUUUUAUAAAUUUUAAGGAAAAAGUGACCUUCACCUUCUUUCGUAUUAUCUUGUGCGAAUGUGGAUACAUUUUGAGCGACUUGAGAGAAAUUGAAAGCGAGAGACAACUGUUUACUGCUCUGGUGCUUCUAUAAGCUAAAACCACUAACUUAGGCAAAUUAAUGAGCUACACCUUACAAAUCACUUUGUAGGGAGCUAAAUGCAUAUCACUCCACCCUAUUCAUGACAGGAAGUGCUAAGGGUUAUUUCAUCACAGAUUAAAAACAAAGCAAAAUCGUACUUUAUUGGUUUGCCUGCAUCUUAACUGUAUUUUUGGAUCACAACAAUUUUUUUUACUCAUUUGGACCAAAGCUUAGCUCAGUAAGCCAAUCUCUUAACGAGUCAAUCCAAUUGUUAAAAAUAUGUUUUAUUGUAGGAUAAUUGACAUUCCUUCUCGGUCAUUACAUGCUACUUGAUCAAAACAUUCCAGGAAUUUGCGGCUUCCCUUGCUUCUAUAGUAUAAUCGUUUCUCUUCGUUACGUUCUUAAGCAUCGUGCCAAACAACUUUGAAAGUGUUUUACUGAAAGCAUUUCCGUAAAUUUCCUUGCCCUUGGCUUUUGUAAACCCUCAAGAACCUGUUAAAGCAGGAAGGCACAGACCAUAGAGUCAAUUUUUGGCAUCCCAUGUAAAAAGCCUUAAAAAAAAUUGUGAUCAAAGGAAAUCUUAAACUGAUGGUCCGAUCUCGUUUAGAAUGUCUGGCUUAACGUACUUAAACUAUUAUCAACAGUCUAUGACUUGGAAUAUCCAGGGCAAAAUGGAUUUUGGCCUGUGAAAUUUAGGCUAGACCACUUAAAAAUUCCCCUAAGUAGUUUGCACUUAGCAGAUGCGUUCAUUCUGUCAGUAGACUUAAAAGUUAGAAUGACAUUAUACAGCAAAAAAUAGCUUUUAUUUUAAUGGUCACACUGCAGGCUUUCAUCCAGACCAAAACGUUGGAUCCAACUUGCACCGCGUUAUAAAUAGAACCAUGUGAAAGUACUGCUGAAGAGGUUGCAUUUGAAUGGUAACACCAUAGGAUUUCACCCACAGACUCAAAAGUUAGAACUGCAAACUAAAUAAGUAGUACCAUGUGAAAGUGCUGAUGAAGAGGUUUCAUUUGAAUGGUAACACCAUGGGAUUUCACCCACAGACUCAAAAGUUAGAGCUACAUACUAAAUAAAUAGUACCAUGUGAAAGAACUGCUGAUAAAGGUUUCAUUUAAGUGGUCUCACCAUGGGAUUUGAUCCACAGACUAGAAAGUCAGAAUCACUUUGUGCACCAUAAAAAUGCAGUGUCAAACAAACACACAGUAAGGGUCGUUAUUUUUUAUCCUUGGGGGAUUGAUCUUUAAUACUUUAUUGGAUUAAACAGUGUUUGAAAUGGGAAACAGUAAAGUUUUCUUAAUUCAGAUAUCUGGCUUGAACACGUUCACUUUUUUUCUUUCCGGUAAGGACAGAUUAAGAUUAAUCAAAUUCCAGUUGUGGAGUGGGGGACGUGGUGUAGAAAUGAUUACCCUUUUCGACCUAAGCGUCUGGCAGUAUAAAGAUACAAUGUACUAGUUAUUUUUAGAUUUUUUGACAAAAAACUGUAUUCUUAAGUUAUAGUUCAACUUGCAUUUUUGCAACCUGAAUCGGUUCUAAUCUAAAAUGAAUCUAAAAUGAUUAUUAUCUUUACCCCUUAAUGUUUUUUUUUUGUAUAGAAAAAAGUUAUUGUGAUAUAAUAUACAGUCGAACUUCCCUGUGCGACCACCUCUCGUAAGCGACCACCUCCAAUAACCGACUAUUUAUCCAAAACACCAAAACUUUGUCAGUCAAAGCUCUAUAGUUCGAACUUCUUGUAAACGACCACCUCUUUUCAUCGUAAGCGACCGCGACCACUUUAGGGAUGACAGUUUAAGAAGUUUCCAUUAUUCUUAACUUUUCUAACCGACCACCUAAUAUCAUGGUCAGAUCUUUGUGUUCACUGAGUGGACUACGCUACUCAGAGUUUGAAAAGAGCGUUUAGGAACAACAUGGAUUUACGUACAUUGUAACCUGGAACUUGCAUGCAAUAUAAUCUCUUCAAAAAGUAGAUGUGUUUGGACCUCUUCUCCGCGCGAGACCUCCUGCAGUUCGACUCUUAUAAGCGACCACAUCUGGUAAGCGAUCACUACGUUUUCGCAUUUUUGGGUGGUCGUUUACAGGAGGUUUGACUGUAUUGGAUUUUUUUAAUUAUUAUUAAAUGAAGAAAGAAAAAAACAUUCUGUCUAACGAACGACUUUCCUAUAUGGCUAUGGAUAUAAAAUAGUUUGGAUAUAAAAACGUUCUUGCUUUUCCAGCAUUAGCUUUAUAGGUUUUAGCUUCAAACUAACAGCUUCUAUUGUUAUUUUGCAGAUUCUGUUGAUUGAACUGUCAUUUGGAAACAUCUGACAAAAGGAGUAGAUAUUUUGUAUUUAAAACUAAUUAAUAUACAUGUUUUGAAGCAAACUUUGUAAAUGUAAAGCUUAAAGUAACGUCUUCAAGUCGUAAUGAAACAAGAAAGUUUUCGGCUUCUUUUUGCGGGUUUAAAAUACUCAACAAGAUUGUACAGGCUUGCUUAACGUAUUUCAUCUUUCAUGUUGGCUUAUACUGAUCAGUUAGAUGUAGCAACUCUCGCUGUUUCUUUUGUAAGGCGUAGUUAUAGUUUUUAGAUAAAGGAUGGAUAUUUUUAUCUUUAGUCCAAGAUAAUUGCACUAUUUUCUUACCAUGAAAUUUUAAUGCGAAAUCUCCAACUUUUGAAUGACACAUAGAACUUCUAAUGUAAGUUUUUAGCAUAUGAAUAAUAAAAUAUAAAAUUGUAGGUUAGCGUAUGGAAAUUGUAUUGCUAAGAACAUCCUAGUUUGUAAAUUAUUUCUUUUAGUUAGUUGCUUUUAUUGUUUGCUAGCGAACAAGUAAAAGAAAAAAUCAUGCGAUUCUUCGAUGAACAUUCGCCUGCGGUGAAUGCGAAAGCCAUUAAGGUAUAGACCAUGUAGAAGACUUUUAGUUCAUCUUUUUAAAAAUGUCUUAUUUAUUCAGUAAUGAGGCCUGUUCUGAAAGCAGUGAAGCCGACUUUUGUAAUGUACAGUUUUGCUCAUGCAGGAGUGUGAAUAAAACAAAAUUCUUAUCAGCUGUGUUUUCUUGCGUUUUUUCCACGCACUUUAUUUUUCCUUCGGCUUAUUAAAAUCACAAUCGUGAAACAAAAGCGGUGUUUCUUAAAUUAAAAAUGUGUAAUUACAUUUAGAAUGUUUGCCGAAAUCAUUAGUAUGCUUACAGGUUCAUUGCGGCAGAGAAAAAAAGAACACAAGUUUGAUUUUAAAAUGUAUCGUUAAAUCUGAGGAAGAGAAACUUUUUUCGCCCUUUCGUUAAAAACCGACGCAGGUGAUUUUAUUUUUUUGUUUUUGUUACUUACUUUUUUUGUUUCGUUUUUUUCUUUUAGAGGCGCUUUACUUCCCAUUUGGUCGUUGGUUGUUAUAGGAAGUUUGGAACAGUUCGAGAAAGUUGA